GCCCACACCCUCGCAGUUUGCUAUACUAAUGAAAAGACUUUCUUUAUCCAAAGGGCGACGCGGAAAUCCGAUAACCUCACAACAAGUCGAGCGUAGUACGCUGGGGACUCGAGAGCUGGUGGACUACGUCAAAAUUUUUGGGCAUUUGAGGUGGCAUGGCGAGCUGCGUGGGUACAAACAAUAUUGCCACUUGAGGCUGCUAAUCUGACCCUAGGUGCGCUACGCUUUAAUGUGCCAAUUGACUGCCUUCCGCCCGAGAUAUUGGCUGAAUGCUUUCUGUGGUAUAUAUUAAUCCUAUACAACGCGCGACCAGAGCUACAAGACUUCGAGGAUGAGCACCCACCGGCCCGCGCCCAAAACCAUACGCAUGGCUUGUCAUCAGGCACGUCUGUCGUAGCUGGCGAAGGGUCGCGCUUGCAUAUCCGGCGCUAUCAAGCUACAUCUGCAUCACCUCACCGGAAUGCGUUACGGAUAUGCUGCGUAGGUCCGCAGACGCCCCAAUUUAUGUAUACGAACACCCGGACACGGAUGCCGAGAGGAAUAAAGUAACUCGUGGAGUCGUGCUUAGCCACAUGCGACGCAUCGUCUCCGCUCAGCUCCAGUUUCCCGGCCUCAUCCCAGAUCCUAUUGCACCGCCACUUCCUGUUUCGACAAGCACGCGAAGAGUCGCUUCGAUUGCUCGCUCCUUCAGAAUUUACCAGUACUCUAUCCCCGCUCGUACACGCCCAGCCUUUACACACUUUGACUUUCCUUGUCUGGAAGAGUUCUCGUGCUCGUUUGGCAGCCUCGCACCCUUCAACCGGAUAUUAGGCCCGAGCCUACGCCGACUCGAGCUCUGUCAAUGCAUUCCUGUGCCAUCUGUUGACUAUCUCCUAGACCUCCUUAGUCGGCUGACUCAGCUGGAGGAGCUGGUGCUAAAGAACGCGUUCCGCAGUUACACGCUGCCCGCGGAUAAUGCUAUUGCUACGACCACAUAUCAAGGCCCUGUCUCUCUUCCACAUCUUUGCGUCCUCAAAAUCGUGGACGAUUCUCAUGCUUCGGUUGCCGCCCUUGGCCGUCUCAUCUAUCCGCCCUUCGCGUCAGUGAGCCUCCAACUCCUUCAUAUAGACGAGGAUACAUCCUAUCAGCAAGUGGCGGAAGUGUUUCGCGACCAAUUCGGAAGUGCGAAUCGCAUACAGUGCGUCAUCCCUUCUCAGCCACAGUCGGUCACCAUCCACAGGCAUUCGACUACCGAUCUGGAGCUCCGCUUCUGGCGAGAUCGCCUUCCUGUACACGAGCUUCGGGGAAAGCGAGAGACCGGAGAGUCGGCUUGCAUCUCGUUUUGCUGUCCGAGCACUAAUGGGGACCUCAUCGCUGCGCUCCUGGCUCUGGCGCCGCUGAGCAACGUCAAGGCUGCGUUGCUAAUGGAACCUGUUGUCACGGGGUCCCUGUCUUGGGACAGCAUCCUGCUUUCGUUAUCGUCCGUGGAGGAGCUCGGCCUCGAGUACGAGACCUUCCACAAUGGCGUCGCAAAUAUGUCUUGGGCGGUCUCGUCGGGCGACAGUGCGAUGUCUGCAAUGCUGCCCAACGUGAGGAACGUGCACGUAUGGGAGCGUCGCCACCUGCAUUCGGCGCUGCCCCCCGCGGCGCUCCAUCCAUUCUCAACUCUUCAGCACGCAGAACAGAUGCUUGCUACGCGCAAUCAGUCCAUGUCUGGAUUGGAGCGGGGCAUAACGAUAGAGCGUCACGCUCUCGACUUCCACGAGGACGACGGUAAAGUUUGUCUGUGCGAAGACCUCGUUUUCCUGGAUAUGCAUCCGGAGGCGCUGAGGCAUACACACCUGACUCAGUCUUCACCGGAGGACGGGGAUCGAGGCUCAGCCCGGCUGAAAACCUGGUUUGCAUCUCGUGCAUCUCGUAUACGCAGGUCUCUACGACGCAGCAGACAAUGAUGCAUGAUGUAUCGUGCAUAUUCCCAUGCUCCGUUCACCUUCCGAGCUUAUUGAGUUCCUGUGUUCAAGGCUGCAGAUAUGUCAUUAUUUAAUACUUAUUCGAACAGAAAGUGAUGUACGUCUGCUAGGCAGAAAUCUCGUCAAGAUGGUCGUGAGACGGGAUGACUGUUUGCGGCCGCAUUGCUAAUCGAGCGCCUGCACUUCAGCUUGAUGCGUGAUGGAUUGGCUUACUCUUGACAUCCACCACUGCCAGCCCAUUUUCGCCUGACUACAGGCUUGAAACGCAUGCCUACCAGUUUUUCUGCGCUACGCAAGCAUUGGAAGCGCGGAGAGCAGAGGAGUCCGCACGUACAGCAUGAUGUUGCUGAAACUCUAGAUUCUUCUGCUCUCACCAGACGCAAUUGCUCUGGUGUUCGCGAUGCACCAGACUAUAACAUCAUAUUCGGCUCGCUAAGGGCUAAAAUCAUUGGUGAAUGAUGUCAUU